UUUUUUAAAUAAUGAUUUAAAUUAUGUUUGCAUUAUCGAUAUCCAAGUUUAAAUUUUGCAUGCAAAUAACCAUAUCUAUUGUUUCCAAAAAUUAUAAUAACAAUAUUUAUAUCCAUCUAAGGUUAGAUAUACUUUUAACUAAUAGGGGUGGUGGAGUAUAAUUUCAAUCCGAAAUUUGAAAAACUUUUUCUUUUUCUGUUUUUUUUUUUUGAAAGGAAAAUUUUGAAAAACCUCAAUUAAGUUAAAUUAGAGAUUAGGGAGAAAAGGAAACGAGUUGUUAGCUAGUAGUUGUCUUUAAAGGUAUAUUACAUCCAUUCAUGUUUCCUUUGCAAUAAUACAGCCAUUAUAAUCACUCUUUGAUGGACCCCGUUUAUCUAAUUCACAAACCUAUGGAUAAGCUUAUGCUGCAUUUCCAAUUAAUUUACAAGAAAUUAUUCCAUUUUUGGUUGGUGUUUUUAUGCAUAGAGUGUACAAUAGGAGGAACAUAAUGGUAACUUGGAAUUUUUAUGGAACCUAAAUUGGAAUACAAUUUAAGUAGAAGUUAAUCCAAAAAAGAUUUAUUCAUUAAUUCCCUUCCCUCUAAUAUUAACUGAGAAUAAAAUCUAAUUUAGAAACAUUUAUUGUUGUUAUGAUUUUAUGAAAUUGAUGCAGCUGGAUUUCAUGAUAUAUUUCCUAUUUAGGAAAAUUCAAAACCAUUUUGGAUUUUUUUUUUUUAAUUUUCUUUUUGUCACGUGGAGAGAGUAAGAACCCGCCAUUUUCGAAUUUCAGUUAGUGACCAAGUCAAAAUCCAAAUCCAGCCAGAGAUUUCUGUGUUUUUUCUCACUGUGAGAAUCAGGGAGAUCUUAGUAGUGGCUGUAAGAGGAAGAAGAAGAUCUAAUGGGAUUUAUUUUUUUUUCCCGGAAACAGAAAUCUGUACUACGGGCCAAGAGAUUCAUCUUAUCAAUCAGCAAAUAUAAAAAUUCAUGGCAGAAUUAACAUGAAAGAUUAGUGAUUUUCUGGGGUAUUUUUUGGCCUCUCAUAUCGGUGAACCAACUUGUAUCAAACUCAUUCAUGAAAAAACUUGUACCAAACUCACUUUUUAACCGGUUUUGAUUGAAUACCGAUUUUCGUCUUCAAAAGCUGAUCAAAUCUGAUUUUUGAUACGUUGGUUCGGAUCAAAUUCUGGGUUAAUUUUCUCAAACCAUGACUGUGACAUCGACACUGAACCAAGUGCUAUUUAUAACACUUGCUGCUUCAUUGAUGCUUUUGAAAGUUGUUAAUGGCGGAAAACUCCAAAACAAGGGUGUGGUUUACGAUGGCCGAUCUUUGAUCAUCAAUGGUAAAAGAGAGCUUCUCUUUUCUGGUUCUAUUCAUUAUCCAAGGAGUCCUCCUGAGAUGUGGCCGGACAUAAUACGGAAAGCUAAAGCAGGAGGAUUGAAUGUGAUCCAGACUUAUGUAUUUUGGAACAUUCAUGAACCGAUUCAAGGCCAGUAUAAUUUUAAAGGAAAUUAUGACUUGGUGAAGUUUAUUAAGAUGAUUGGUGAGCAUAAUAUGUAUGUAACACUAAGGGUUGGGCCAUUUAUUGAGGCCGAAUGGAAUUACGGUGGAUUUCCUUAUUGGUUAAGAGAGGUUUCAAACAUUACAUUUCGAUCAGAUAACCCACCGUUUAAGUACCACAUGAAAAAGUUUACCAAAAUGAUUGUCAAUAUGAUGAAGGAUGCAAAUUUGUAUGCUUCUCAAGGUGGCCCUAUCAUUCUAUCUCAGAUUGAAAAUGAGUACAACAAUGUUGAAAUUGCAUACAAGGAACUAGGGACCCGGUAUGUCCAAUGGGCUGGAAACAUGGCCGUUGGGCUCGGAACUGGAGUUCCAUGGGUGAUGUGCAAGCAAAGGGAUGCUCCUGAUCCAGUGAUUAACACAUGCAAUGGGAGGAACUGUGGCGAUACAUUCACGGGACCAAAUAGACCAUAUAAGCCUACUUUGUGGACAGAGAAUUGGACAGCUCAGUACAGGGUAUUUGGUGAUCCUCCUUCUCAAAGGCAAGCUGAAGAUUUAGCAUUCUCUGUUGCUCGUUUCUUCUCUAAAAAUGGCACUCUAGCAAACUACUAUAUGUAUUAUGGAGGGACCAAUUUCGGUAGAACAACUUCCUCGUUUGUUACAACUCGAUACUACGAUGAAGCUCCUCUUGAUGAAUAUGGUUUGCUUAAGGAACCAAAAUGGGGUCACCUACGAGAUUUGCAUGCUGCUUUGAAAUUGUGUAAGAAAGCACUGUUUAAGGGAAAUCCCUCUGUCGAAACGUUUGGGGAAGGUUUAGAGGCAAGAAUCUACGAAAAACAAGGAACAAAUAUUUGCGCUGCAUUCUUGUGCAACAACAAUACUGUACCUGAAAUAAUCACAUUCAGGGAUACCAAAUAUUACCUUCCCCAACAUUCAAUAAGUAUCCUGCCGGAUUGCAAGACUGUUGUCUAUAAUACUCAAACAGUUGUUGCACAACAUAGUUCAAGAAACUACGUGAAAUCAAUGAUAGCUAACAACAACUUACAAUGGGAAAUGUCUCAAGAGGCUAUUCCCGGUCCUGACAACGCUACUCUCAAAUCAGAGAUCCCAUUAGAACUCAUGGGCACAACGAAAGAUACAACAGACUAUUUAUGGUAUACCACAAGCUUCGAGUUGGGUCCCUUUGAUUUACCCUUCAGGAAGGACGUUCUGCCAGUGCUUCAAGUUACAAAUCUUGGUCAUUUGAUGCAUGCCUUCGUCAAUGGACAGUAUGUGGGAUCAGCACAUGGAAGCAAAACAGAAAAAGCCUUUAUGUUUGUGAAACCGAUUAACUUGAAGACAGGACUCAACCAGCUCUCCCUUCUGGGUGCAACAGUUGGAUUUCCAGACAGUGGAACCUAUCUGGAGCGCAGGUUUGCCGGAGUUCAAACAGUGACAAUCAAAGGCCUCAACAGUGGAACCGUUGAUAUGUCAAAAAAUGGAUGGUGGCAUAAGGUAGGAUUGGAUGGUGAGAAACUCCAUGUGUUCAAUCAGGGUGGUUCUCACAGGGUAGAAUGGUUCAAAGCUAAGGGACUAGGGCCCCCACUUACAUGGUACAAGGCUUAUUUUGAUGCUCCUGAAGGAGAUGACCCAGUUGCUAUAGAUCUGCGAACAAUGUCCAAAGGCAUGGCUUGGAUCAAUGGGAAAAGUAUUGGUCGUUACUGGUCAUCUUAUCUUUCUCCUCUUGGAGUGCCUUCCCAAUCACAAUACCAUAUCCCAAGAGCCUUCUUGAAGCCAACAGCAAACCUUGUGGUUUUAUUGGAGGAAAUAGGAGGAAACCCAGAUGGUAUUGAGAUCUUAACUGCAAAUAGGGAUACAAUCUGCAGCUUCAUAACGGAAAACCACCCACCAAAUGUGAAUUCAUGGAAGAGAGAAGACGGUAAAAUUCAAAACAUUGCAGGUGAUGCUAAACCAAGAGCCUUCUUAAGGUGCCCGGCCAACAAACGGAUUGUUCAGGUUCAGUUUGCAAGCUAUGGCAAUCCUUCUGGUUUUUGUGGACAUUUUAGUCGCGGAAAUUGCUCUUCACCCUUCAGCCAGAAACUCGUCCAAACGUAUUGCGUGGGGAAGACAAGGUGCGCUGUGCCAAUGGAUGAGAAGAUCUUCAAUAAGGACGGUGAUAUUUGUCCAGGCAUCUUCAAAACUCUAGCUAUUCAGGUCCAAUGUGGGAAUUCGAAUUAGAAUAAAAGAAUCUUAAUAGUUCUUUUUUGGAUUUGAACGAGGGACUGUAAAAAUUACUGUAGUUACUUUAACAUGUAGAAUAGAGCCAAAGUUCCCCAGAAGUUGGUCCGGCCUCAUAAGCCAUUUAAGCAUACAGGGAAAAUUUUUUGUCUUUGUUUUUGUUUUUCUUUCUGAAGCAAUAUUAACAUUUCGUAAUAGGAAUAAAAUGGAAAGUUCUUUCA